AUGUUUGACCACAGCAGUCAUCUGUCGUCGUUUGCCGAUUUCAAUAGUCCAUUUAUGAACGGUAGUCCAUUCAUCAAUCCAUCGUUAUCAACAUUUUCAUUUGAUACAGGUUCACCAUUUGAUCGUUUAUUUCCGUUAUCGUCUGAACAACCAUUUAGCGACAUAAACUUUGGUCGUCUGAUAAAAGAUGUGUUCAGUACACCGACAACUGGUGUUGUUCACAAUAUUCCAAUCAAAAUUGAAGGGGAAGGUAUAUACGGUGAUGGCGAUGACGACGACUACGACGACGACGACGACGACGACUACAAUGGUGUUUUUGAUGGUGAGGACGGGGAGGAGGAAGUGGAUGAGGAUAAGGAUGGGGAUUUUGAUGAUGACGUUGGUGAUGAUGACGGCGAUGAUGACAGUUUAUGGCAGCGGCAGUACACACAAAGCGAAACUUUUUGGUUGCCUGUCUAA